GGCGCUCUCUCGGGGGCGGUCUGCUCGCUCGGUCGCUUUACCUCGCUCCGCUCUGCACAGUCUGCUUACUCGCUCGUGCGGUGCUGUCGCCAUCGUCUCGCGCGGACGGCGGGCCGGGGAUGCGCGACGUCGCACGCCGCGCCCGGGCCGCGGCCGACGAGUCGAUUCGCCGCCGCGGACCGCCGCGGACCGCCGCGGACCGCCUCGGCCGGCAGCCGGACUAGCGGGCCAUCAUGGGCCACGAGCUGCAUCCUCGGCCGGAAGCUCGGCCUGCACCCCAGGGACACUCGCGGCCGCGUCGUCCGUGAAUAUUUCAGCGCGCAUCGAUCGCACCUGGACUCGCUCGCUCGCAGUGCGCGACGCUGUGUCUGACUAUCGCGCGCCCGCUUCCACUGCGACUCGGCAUUAAGUAUUGUUCCGCGCGCGGCCGAGUAUGCCGAGCGGCCCGCGACCGGCAGCAGCCCCGAGUGCGGCCGAGCUCUCAGUUCCGAGGUGCGCGAGAGUUUGCCGUCCAUCAGUCCAUGCCCAGCACUACAAUAGAGAAGCUGCGGAGGAGGAGGCGCGCCGAGUGUAGCCGCAGGCCAGCUGGCUUGAGUCUAGCGUAACGAGAGCGGCGCAAUCAUGAAUCUCAUGUUCCGCAAGAACUUUGAGAAGAGUGGGGGUGGCGGUGGCGGCGGCGGCGGCGGUAUCGGGGGAGGCAUCGGCGGCGGCAUUGGCGGCGGCAUCGAGCGCUCGGUCGGCGGCUUGACGGGGGUUGGCGGCGGCGGCGGCGGCGUCGUCGGGGCCCUCGGCGCUCGGUCCGCCGGUCCCGCGCGCCGCAGCCGCGAGUUCGGCAGCAGUGGCUACCCGAUGGAGCAGCAGGAGCUGAGCGGCGGCGGUCACGCCUACCGCACUCACCUCUUGUUCUCGCCGCACGCAGGUGGCGGCAUCGUCGGCUCACCCCCCGAGGACUCUGGCGAGAGGUUCGGCCCCGGGCCCCGGCGCAGCUCCGGUGGGCCUCACCUCAUCAAAUGGGGCGGCGGCGCUCCCCCCGGGGCUCAGCAGCACCAGCAGCAGGCCGCCCAGAGCCUGCAGAGGAGGAAGCUGGCCGCCGCGCAGAGGGACGCGGCCGAGCAGCCGCUCACGCCGACGAGCGCUGCCGCCUCCAGACAGGUGUCCUUCAGCGGCAAUCGCACCUCCGGCAGCAGCUACACGCCGCUGCUCGUCCAGGGCAGCAGCCCGGCCAGGAGCGAGCCCAUAUCCCUGGCCACGCUGGACCGCGACUGCUUCAUCAUACCCCUGGCCUCGCUCGAGAGAUUCCUGCCCGCCGGCGUACCGGAGAGGGGCAAAAUAAUGCGAGAAAUAAGAACGCUGGCUUCUGCUAAUGACCAACAGAGCGUGCCGAGCGCCGACAAGAAGCGGCCGGGCAGCCCGCUCUCGGUGCUGGAGGUCGAGGACCCGAAGCAGUGCAUCCUCGCCCACUUCAUGACGACGCUCGAGCCCCUCGACCCGCUCCUCGAGUCCCCGGUCUCGAGGCCACUCGUCCUACAGCGCGACACUGCCGCCGAGCUGCUCUCGGAGAUCGCGCCGAGCGCCUCCCAGAGCAUACUGCUCGCCAACAUGGAGUGCAAUGCCGACUUCCCCUUCAUCACCUACUACGUGGUGAACAAGCAGAAAACCAACCCGGUGGACUUUUACCAGGAGGUCCAGUGCGCGGCCCUGAAGAAGUUCGAGCCGCGCGAGCUGCGCUACGCUGCCAACCACAACCUCGACCUCUUCAACGAGGUCGCGACGAUCGCCAGGCCGCCGCUGGAGCCCCCCGGCGGCCGGCCGCCCAUACCCUCCACCGGCUACAUCGUCUCGAUAUUCAAGGUCUUCGAGGGCGACGACGGCCUCAAGUUCGAGCAGAACUGGCUCUACUGGACCGGGGCCCGAAUGAUGUACAGGUACCUCCCAAAGUCCGUCGGCCUGCGCCGGAUAACGCUGCACAAAUCCAUGUCUCAGGGCGACAAGACCUACCUGCUCAUCUGCGAGUGCUCGCAGCUCCAGGAGAAUCUCUCCGCGGCCGCGAUCCUCCUGCCGGCGCUCCGGGCCCGACUCUGCGGCUACAUCGGCCUCUACAGGCCCUCGGUCUGCUUCUAACUCUGCUCUGCUCUGCGAACCUGCACUUGCGUGCGCUGCGCGAUGUAUCAUCUCCUGUCGCUACAACGCGCACGCGCGCGCGCACGCGCACACGCACACACACACACACGCGCGCGCGCGCGCGCGCAAACUCUCCUCUAGUGCAUUGAUGUACGAUGGCUGCCCUAUUACGUCUUUAUAUCCGCCUGAUGCAUUCAAUAUCGUAUGCCCACUGCAAGAACCAACGGCAACCGACAAGGGAAAUGACCACGCCAUUUCUACGUGCAUAAUACUAACUUUAACAUUUACAUAUCACAACGUUCGACAAACUGUGAUAUCCGCGGACGAGCGACGCGUAUAUACAAGUACUUACAGGUACGCGCGCUCGCACACGACCAGUCGCGCCGGCUAUUGCUUUAAUUCCCCUUGCGUGAUUUGCACCUAAUUGCUGCGAUAUUGCUUAUUUUUAUAUCUCUGAGCUGUCAUUUUCCAGCUGAAUUUGGAAAAUGCAAACAAAAAUAAAACGGCCAAACAGCGAAUAAACCAAGAUCCGAACAAACACGAAUGAGCAUGCCAUGUCACGUGUAUAUAUAUAUCUUGUGCAUACCUACACGUACAUCUCAACUUGGAUUACAAAUAAAAUAGACCAAUUAGUGUAGGAGGGGAGGGGGCAGCUAACGUCAAAAAUGUAUUACGCAAUCUAAACAGCGAAAACACUGUACAACACUAGCAAUUAAGUACCUGCACAUAGACAUCGGGAUAUACUCUCUGGCCUUUAUUAAUAAUUCCAAGUAGUCAGCGUGUAAAUAAUAUAAUGUAAUAAUGGUGAAUUUAUUAAUGACGAUGGCACACUUCAGCGCCGGUUGCGACCCGAAUAACCGAAUAACCAAAUAACGGAUCAACUAUACUAUACCACUCUACUACUCUACUACUACAUUUUUAAACAUCAUUAACAAUAUGCAUCACAGCGCGCAACUUGGCCUUGUAGUAGAAAAAAUCUCAACUUAUACUGCGACGAAUAGAGUGUUCAAAAAGUACGCUUGUUGCCUAAAUGGACAAUAUAGUUGUAAUAGACUUUUCGAAGGAGAACUAACUGCGCAGGCGCAAUUUUUUAUUUUUCAUUCAACCUCUUGGCGACACGAUGUGUAUACUUUUACCAGCGCGUCUAUAUACACACAUAUAUAACGGCGCGCAUCUUUAUGGCAUCGGAAGAGGGAGCGCGGAGCUAGGCAGAGGCUACAUCAAUAAUGUACAAUUUCGAGGUACACGAGCUCUUGUUGAAGCGCGUUCAAGAGUCUUGCAAUUAUUACUGUGAUUCGCGCGCGUUUCGCGUUUACAUUAUACGAUUAACGAUCUUUAAAAAACGGAUGAUAUCGUACGUUAACGUCAAUUCUCAUUGCAAACUGCAUCUGAAGGAGCAACAACAUUUUUGGGGAAUUACUCUGCACGUUAAUACUUUGCGCGCGCGCGCGCGCGAUUCCUUUGAAAGCCAAGCUGUAUUCACAAUUAGUGCUAACAAAUCACGAAAAAACAUUGGCAGCACACUUGUAUAAUAACUUUGAAUUAUAUUACAAUUAUACUUUAUAAUAAAAGCUAUAAAGUUAUUGUAAAACUACACUUUAUUAAAUAUGUACAAUGAGAAAAAAACGAGAAUAAAUUACUUCUAAUAUUAUCUUCAUA